AUGUCCAAAUCUAUGAGCUUCCAAAACCCGAUUCUCCCAGGUUUCUACCCUGACCCAUCCGUCGUACGGGUAGGAGAGAUAUUUUACAUGAUCAAUUCGAGCUUCCAGAUAUUUCCUGGUCUCCCCAUUCACAGGUCGACGGACCUUGUGCACUGGGAAUUGAUUGGCCAUGCUAUCUGUAGAACGACGCAGCUGGAUUUAAGCUAUGCAGUUACUAAAAUCAACCGGCCGGAGUUUGGGGAAUAUUUUACUGCCGGAUUAUACGCCCCUACAAUCCGACAUCAUGAUGGGAUAUUUUACAUCGUUUGUACAAAUCUAAAAGGCCGAUCAGGCAUGUUUUCCACAGAAGAUUUUGCACCCGAGAAUUUCAUCAUCACAUGCAAAGACCUCACAGAACCGACUUCGUUCAGCGAUCCGAUCUAUUUCGACUUUCACGGCAUCGAUCCGAGCCUUUUCUUCGAUGAUGAUGGCAAGGUAUUCAUGCAAGGAAGCUGGAUCCAUGGCUAUCGCAAAAAGCCAGCAACAGUCAUUCGUCAAGCUGAGAUCGAUCUCUCGACGGGAAAAUACUUGUCAGAUCUGAGAGACAUCUGGGCUGGCUCCGGAGAUAAAGUUCCUGAGGGCCCGCACCUGUACAAGCUGGAUGGGAGCUACUGGCUGCUCAUUGCUGAAGGCGGUACUCAUCGUUCCCAUAAAAUCACAAUGGCCUGCUCCGACAACGUCUGGGGCCCUUACGAGUCAUACCAAGGAAACCCGGUUCUGACAACUCAGGGUCCAGGUCACCCUAUCCAAUGCGUCGGCCACGGUGAUCUCUUCACCGAUGCCAAUGAUGAGUGGUGGUGUGCAAUGCUAGCACGUCGUGAGUACGGUAGCGCUUACCCUUUGGGACGUGAAACGUACCUGGUUCCGGCAGUGUGGCCGAAAGGCGCUUUUCCAGUGCUAGAACAUGUUGAACUUGAGCAAAUUGUGGACUCAAGACAUUGUAACCAAGACCUCCUGGCCGGUCAACCAACUCAGGCGCCGCGGAAGGUCACAUUUGAAUGCCCUCAUACCCUGUUUUUGCGAACCCCUAACCUCCAGACUGUCAGUCAGGGAUUAGAGGACAACACACUCUGUCUCAGAGCAACACCAGCGGAACUUGGUUGUGCCGAUGGCUCUCCUACCUUUGUGGGCCGCAGACAAGUUUCCUUGAAAUCGAGUGCUUCAGCUGUGCUUGACUUGCAGAGUUUACCGGAGGACGGCCACUGCGGUUUGUCUCUUUACAAGGACACUUACCGCCACGUGUCACUCGAUGUGAACAGUAAUGGCCAGCUGUCUCUUGCCCUGGUACACCAAAACCAGAAAUUUGCUUUCGUCAACAGCACAUCUAUCGUUGGUUGUAGUUCUAUUAAGCUGAUCAUCAAGUCUACCGCGGAUACAUACAACUUCUCUUACGAACUGCUUCAAAACGAAUGUUGGCAAGGCGAGGCCAAUGUUGGCACUGUGAAUGCAGCAGAUUUGAGUGGCGACGACUUCACAGGUACGGUUUACGGGAUAUACGCUUCAGGCACAUCGGGCACUGUUACGUUCAAAGACUUUACCAUCGAGUAG